AUGGAUCUCGACUCGCUGCGCAACAAAAGGCUGAAGCUCUUCGACCCACUAGCUACCAACGAAGACAUGCCACUCACCACCCCCGGAAUGGUCACGCCAGACUACAUUACUCACGACGAGAGAUCUGCACGAGAACUUCAGAAGCAAAUCGAGCACGAAGAACGGCUGGUCAAGAAGACCCAUCCACCAGAAAACAUCGACAUGGACUCCCAUUACAUGCCGUUCCCUGAUUUCGAGGGCAAUCAGCUGCCGGAUCACGCUCCUCAGACACACAAUCACCAGCAAGUUCCCGACGCCUACCCGACUACGAACGGUCCUAGCUGGGGUGCGCUGAACUCGUUCGGGCAAAAAGCCAGCAACGUCCCACCGAAUCCCGCGCUGGAGUACUGGAUGCCGGCGAAUCCUAAUGCACUCAACGAAGCAGCCAGCUUCCUAACUCCCCAUGUUGGUCCUUCGAGUGGGCCAACACUCUUCCCAUCUCAUCCCAACCAGCCACCUCCUCAAUAUCCAAACGCGCACUCGGAUGCACUGCAGCAAGCUUACGCUGAACGGAGGAAGCGCCUGCCCAAGCUCGAACGGCCCCCGCUGACGUAUGUGACCGCCGACGCAGUCGAUCGCAGUGACGAUGCAAUCGUAGUGCGUCAAUUCGCCAGGCCGAUCGCAGAGAUGAAUUGUAGACGGUGUCACGGCGCACGGAGCUUAGACGAGAAGAAGCUUGUCGCGCAGUUCGACAGUCUGUUCGAUGGAAGCUGCGAAGGCUCCCUUAGCUUUCUGCUUACAUGCGAGACCUGUCAGUCGAAGACAUGCAUGGGUUGUGGGGUGACAUUGGGCACCGACAACUUCGAGUACGGCGCGACUACCGAGAAAGGCCUGCAUUUCACGUGGCACUGCGAUGCUGGGCGCUUGGCGCUGGUUUGGCUCAUACUGACCGGCUAUGAUAAUCGCGCCAAACACAACAAGCCAGUGGAGACGACAUCACGCAAGCAGCUUCCAGCACCACAGCCACGCAAUCGAUCAAUCUACGGAGCUCAUCACCAUCGUGGUCGCGGACAUGGCGGUGGCACGAUGGCGAGAGGCGUGGGCUAUGCUCCUGACGAUGAUUACAUGUACGACGGGUUUGGUGACGAUGACUUCGAGUACCCACAAGCUUCGGCUUUCACGGGCACUGGCGUCUCGGUCGACGGUACUGUAACAGCAACGCCCACUCGCGGCCGGAACACCUCAACCAGUCGGACUGUUGAUCCAGACGACGCACUGACCGCUCAGGUGAUGCCAGCCCUUGCUGCUAUCCUGCCCUCGCGCACAGCUCUCUUCCCGACAGCCUUCGACAUUGAUCCGCCGCGGUACCUAUCUUCCAUGCUGUCACGGAGCUCGAUCCUUGACAAAGCUGCCGAACUGCUACGGAACGACUCCCUCGAAGACGCUACAAAACGAGGCGGUCUGUACGGCAGCCUACUCGACCUCAUCCGCGUUCUGGCAACUGGUAGCCGCAUGACAGCCGAAAUCCUUCACUCUGAGCGUACAAUCAACAAGGCUGGCCACGAUUUGCUGAAGGUAUCGUACGGCCUGCCGUCCCGCAUGAAGAACGAGCGGCCAGACACCGCUGCACCCAUCAUCCAGAGCAUGACGAACGUCACUAGCCAGAGCAAUAUGAUGCUCCGAAAUGCGUCUGCGAAUCAGGAGGUGUUUGAGACGGAAGAGGCCCAGCAGCUCAUCAUUCUCUGCACGAACGUCAUCAACUGCAGCGAGGUACUUCAGCAAAGCACCCCGAGACGCUCUGCUAAAGGCAAGGCGAAGGAGCCCGAGACCGUUGACAAGGAUGCGUGGCAGAGAGAGCUCGCUGUGCUUGAGGUGCCCGACGAAGAGAUUCUCGCUGUGCACUACUCCUCGAAGGCGGCCAAAAACUGCAAGACUACACAGACCGGCCGUAUGCGCCAUCUGAUCAAGGAGAUCACCAGCAUGCAGACAAGUCUGCCCCCUGGUAUCUUUGUCCGCCAUGGUGAGUCUCGCCUGGAUGUCAUGAAGGUGCUCAUUGUCGGUCCCAAGGACACUCCAUACGAGAACGGGCUUUUCGAGUUCGAUCUCUUCUGUCCGGCCAACUAUCCGAACGAACCGCCGCAGAUGCACAUCAAGACCACAGGUGGUGGAAAGCAGAGGUUCAACCCCAACCUCUACGCCGACGGGAAGGUCUGUCUGUCCCUCCUCAACACCUGGCAAGGCCAGCGAUGGACACCCGGCCAGAGCACGAUUCUGCAGAUCCUCGUGAGCAUCCAAGCCAUGGUCUUCUGCGACGAGCCGCACUGCAACGAACCCGGCUUCGAGCGCGACGUUGGCUCAGAUCUGAGCAAGAACUACAAUCGCGGCCUCUACCCAGCGGUCAUCAAGUACGCCAUGCUGGAGUGGUUGGAGGGCGCUCGCACGGUCACGCCUGCCAGUUACCGUCACCGCCUUCACAUCGAAGACGCUCCCGAAGACAGCGAGGACGAUGUGGAGAAGCAGCAGGAUGACAUGGGUGACAUGAACCAACAAAUGUAUGCCGAGAUGGAGGCUCUAGCGAAGGCCAAGCAUACUGAGAUCGAUGCUAUUAAGUCUGCUCAGAUGGACUCCCUGGCAAAGGCUCAGCACACUGGGCUGGAUGAUCUUAAGUCUGCUCACAUGGGCGCCCUAGACGCCCUAGCAAAGGCCAAGCACACUGGACUGGGUGAUGUCGAGCAUGCUGAGGUAGACGUCCAAGCGAAGGCCCAGCACACUGAGACGGAUUCUCAUAAGAAUGCGCAGAUGGACUCCGCAGCAAACGCCAAGCACACCGGAUGGUUCAAGUAUGCUGAGACGGAAGCCCUCGCAUCUCAGCACAUCCUUGCGAAGGCCCAGCAGGCGCUCGCGACACAUCAGUCCGGCGCCAUGGUCAACCCUCGACGGAUCAAGCCGGAGCCACCGCCAGUCGACAAGAGCAAUAUGUGGGCUCCGGUAGUGAAGAAGCAUUUCGAGAACAAGCACGAGGAGAUUCUUGAGACGGUCUGCCAGUGGAUCAACGACAAGGCGCCGCUCGGUCGUGGGAAGGGCAGGAGGCUGGGGACUGCUGGCGAAGGCUCCGAGGUGCAGACGAAGGUCACCAAGCCGGCGGAUUUUAAGGCGAAGAACAAGGAGCUUGCGAAGCAGUUGGAGGCGGCGUUGAAGGAGCUUCCGCUGGGUGGCAGGCCUGGUAGGUCGGGGUGGACUGCGGGUAUGACUGCAUUCGCAGCCGACGAUGGUGCGUGGUAG